AUGAAUUCUUUUCAACACAGCGAAAUCAGCGGACAUCAACACGGUACGAAAACCGUAAUUGUAAUGGUUGGGCUGCCGGCUCGCGGUAAAUCUACCAUUGCUAAACAAAUCGAAUCGACCAUUUCUGGCAAUUGUCGUAUUUUCAAUGCUGGUCAAAGAAGACGACAGCUGGAAAAUGAUGCUAACUCACUUCCGAAUGACCAACUAUUUGAUAUGUCUGACCCAUUGAGUGUUAAGUCUAGGGAUGAAAUUGCACUUAAAUCAUUGAAAGACUUACUUAGUUGGUUGCAAGCAGAUUAUGAUAACCAUGUGGGAAUCUUUGACGCGACUAAUUCUACUAUAAAAAGGAGGAAUCUGAUCUUGGACACUUUGCAAGAGUAUUCAAACGUACCGAUCAGAGUUGUAUUCAUCGAAGUUAUCGUAGAUUCCGAACACAUUAUUGAGGAACAUCUUUACUGGAAAGUAAGACAAUCCGAUGAUUAUAAACACUUAAGCAAUAAAGAUUGGUGUAUCUCGGAUUUCCAAUCCCGAAUGAAACAGUACGAAGCUGUUUAUGAAACCAUCGAAAAGGAUGAGUUCAAAAAGGAUUCCACUAGAAAUUUCCCAAUAUCGACCUUUCGAAUUAUAAACCGAUUUGAGAAAUGUUCCUUUCAUGGACAAGAACCACCUUCAUUCAUCUAUUUUGUUUUACUUUCGUUGCAACGUCGAUGGUUCCUUGAGAAAAACGCUCACCUACCGACAUUUAGAAUCAAUGAAUUGAAGGAGCGUUCAAGUUUCUUUGUUCCAUGGACUUGGAUAAAGCUGCGGAAGCUUUUAUAG